AUGGCGUCAAAUUCACAACAUGUGGUUGAAAAUGUUCUCAAACAAACUGCACUCCUUGAGAAGAAACUCAAAACUACCGAGGUUACUAAAGACAUAGAUGUUGAGCUAGAUCCUGGCAAUCUCCUGUCUGUUGAUCCUAACCCAAUAAACGUGAAAGAAUUUAGACAAAACAGGGAGGCGUUUCUCAAAUCUUUGGCAAGAGAUAACACACAGCUUUUAUUUAAUAACAUAUGGAAGCUUCCCGUUGAAAGAGUAGAUGAAGUCAUCUUAGUACAGAUUCCUGAUGCGACAACAAAUUUACCCAGAGAAAAACAUGUACCAAAAUCAAAUCCCUUGACAAGAUGGGAGCAGUAUUCUAAAGUCAAAGGAAUUCACAAAAGGAAAAAGAGCCGAAAAGUAUGGGACGAGGAAGAGAAGAAAUGGGUUCCUCGUUGGGGUUAUGGAAGUAAGAAUGAUGAGGAGAAAGAUUGGGUCUUGGAAGUUCCUGCAAAUGCAGAUCCUUACGAGGACCAGUUCAUGAAGAAGAGGAAGGAUAAGAAAGAGAGAGUUGCCAAGAAUGAGUUUCAACGUCUCAGGAACAUCGCCAGAGCGCAGAAAUUGAAAAUUCCCGGACAAGGUGUGAAGCCCAAAACCUUGAAAGAACCAGAGGUCAGCAUGGCCAUCCAAGCUGCCAAGCAGUCUACUGCUUCCAUCGGAAAGUUCGAAAGGAAACUUCCCAAGGAAAAGCCGACGAGACAAAUGGGAAAGAAGAGAAAGUUCGAUCCAGUCUGUGGUAACAUGGCCGACGAGCGGAGUCGAGAAACCGCGAUACUCAACAGCAUGAAUAGAAAGAAACCACAGAUUGAUGUCACAAAGGCUGUCAACAAAGAGAUUCAGGAGGAUCAAGACUACCAACGAGCCCAGAAAGGGGAGAGGAAAAAGCCGGGCCGAUCGACCAAGAAGGCGAAGGGAUCCAAAAAGGCUCUGCCUACCGUCAAGAAGAGGAAAUCGGGAGGAAAGUCGAAGAAGGGAAAGAGUCGUUAAAUAUCAUCUCAGAGGAGGAUUCCGUCAUUUCUCAGGAAUGGACGUCUUCAUUUUGCUUCAGAAGGACUCUGGGUUUUUUAGGAGCGCGUAUAAUUUUGAAAAAUUCUUUGCAAAGAGUACUUGAUUCAUUUUUGGGGGGACUGAUGUUAGUUCAGGACCCCUCCCUGCUCUGUGAGACUUUUUGUUUCUUUUUUCUGCUUCUUUUAAAAGUAUCUUUUUACACAAUAGUAGCCCUUCUCACUAUUGAUCUAAAUUCCCAAGGCCUACCCAUAAUGAUCGCAACCUUUCCGAUCUGUUUCCAGGUUUAAGGCUGGAAAGCUCAGUUGAAGAGAGCAGUUACAUUCAUCACAAGGUCUUUGGUUUAAGCCCCGCUCCAGUAAACUUGUCUUUGUUCAACCCAAAGUCAUUUGAAACUUUUCCAGUCAGUUUCCCUGGUGGUUAUUUACUUGACAUUUUAUCAUAAAAAGCUGCAUCCCCUUGAGGUGAUCCCCUGGCUAAAGCUUCCAAGGUUGUAUCGCAAGCUUGAGUGUGAUCCCUGGCUACACUUUGCAGUUACAGAUUGAAUGGCUUUUGACUGGCACCCCUAGACAAAGCUAUUGACUAAUAUUAGUAGGGAGACCGCCAACAUAUAGCUCAGUUGGUAGAGCACCGACAUGUUAAUCUGGAGGUCUUUGAUUCAAGUCCUGC